ACAUCAAUGGCGGCGGACUUGAAAACAAAUCGCGAUCAGUGAAUAUGCAUUUUCUGUAAUUAGGUUAUGUGGACACAUCAACAUGGCGUCUUAUGAUAUUGAGAAUCUCACAAGUUGUCUGAUUCAAUAAGGGCUAUGGGAAUGGAAAGACUAACGCACAGAUCAACGAAAUUUGGUGAUCCCUUUGGUCGGGACCCCCCUCCUAAAGCUUUUUACCAUCCAAGUAAACAGAAAAAGUUGGGAAAGAAACAGAAAGAGAUUACCCUGAGUCCAGCCCGUGAUGGCAGCAAGGCUAGACGAGUCAGUCCGACAGAGGAUAUGUUCCUGAAAGGAACCAACAUCUUCUCGGUGAAGACUCCUGCAGAGCGGAGUGACCACUCAUCUCAGUUUGACGAAUCCUGGCCCAGCAGUGACCGUCCCUCAAGUAGCAGUCCUGAGUCCGGGGGACAUCGCACAAUGCUGGACUCCCUCUCACAGCUAAAGUCAGCACUAGACAGGACGGACAGGCAGUCGGUUAAAUCCACUGAUACCAGGACACAAACAAGGGAGACAACUGCAGAGAAAGGAUAUGUGCUACAGAGCUACAUUGAUCGGUUUCGGUAUGGAGUUCCAAUGAGUCGUGCGGAGCGAUCACAGAAAGAGGAUUCCAACAGGCCAGAUUUCUGGUGGCUAGCUCAUAGCCCACCCACACCCAGCGACACCUCCACCCCCAAGGACGACCUCCACCCCAGGAGCAGGCAGUUCACAGACCAGGGGGAGAAAGGAGGGGUAAGCUCUGUCAGGACACAUCCUACAAGGAGAGAUCACACCGGGAGCGUGAUGACGCUGCAGGGACUGUCGGAGCCAGCACUAGAUGAUGUCACGCGGAGGCUUCAGGAGCGAGCGGCCAGGCUGCUAGAAGAGAGUGGGAGCAGCCUCCAUUCCUCAGAGCCGGCAGUCAGCACUGAUGGCCUCGGAACAACAAGUGGCACCAUGGGCAGCAGCUUUGAGGAGAUGCCGUACCGCCCGAUGUUCACACGAUUACAUGAUCCAAUAGGUCGACCGGAUGUACGUUCUGCCCCCAUAAAGCUACAGCGACCUUCCAGACCAGAGGAGGAUAUUCUGUACCAGUGGAGACUGAGACGGAAAAUGGAGACUGCUCAACAAGGUCAUCCAGGAUUAGGGGUCAAGGUCACAGGGUCAAACAAGGAUAUCGACAGUAAGCUUGACGCCUUCCGGCGACGUCUGACAGGUGCUGUUGAUCCAGAUCCUAUGACAGCCAGGGAGACCAUCUCCAGAGAGACCUCCCCCAGACAGACCACCCCCAGUCAUACUGCCUCAUCCGUCCACUUCACUCCUGCGCCUUCAACAGACAAGGUGGAUGCACAAGUUCAGACCAGAAAAUCCUUAGAAGCAGGCCCGCCUGAAAAGACAUCCGUGCAUACGCCUCCAAAACAAAAACCGUCUUCCAGCAAGCCUGAGAUUGCAAGCCCAACACUACAUCGACACAAACAUUCCGGGAUGAAAACAGACCCUCAUCUUCAUCUCAUGUGUGACCUCCUGCCUUGCCCUCAUGCACAGAAAUAUUCCAGAAACCACCCCGAACUUUACAAACAAUCCAGUGAGUUUUCAGAAUCUGAGGAAGUGUCCUCGGAUCAAGCCGGUGUUCAAUAUAAACAGUUCUUACAAGCUGAGAAGCCGCAUAGUGAAGAAAAACGACUAAGACGCAAACAUGAUUCAGACAGGACAAGAGAUAAAGAUGAAGAAGUGGAUGAAGAUGAUGAUGUAGGAUCUGGUGAGGAGGAGCAGGUGAAUAUUCAGGUUUCGGAUGGGUUAGAUUUAUCUGAAAGUGAUGGGCCAAGUCCAAGAAGACAGUGUAAAGGGAGACAACUUCGGUCGUGUAAUAAUGAAAAGGGAGGUUACUAUGCUGUUGAGGGAAGACAAUUGGGGAAACAUUUGCAGCACAGACAGAGUAAGAACAGAGAGAUAGUGGGAAGAGAUGAGCAUGAGAGAGGUGUGGAGAGAAGCUCAAGAGAAGGACCAUCUCAGAAUGUUCAAGGUGUCACAGAUUCCAGAGGGAAGGCCGAGACGAAGCGAGUCAUGUCUGGUACAGCUGGUGUCCUUCCCCGACCAGCCCACUCAAGCAGCCCUGCUAGAAAACCACAGUCACUGUCCUCAGCUAUUGGUCAGACUGUGUCAGAGCAUUUGUUCGAGGGCUCGGCCAGCUGUGUGCUGUCCAGUGUAGACUCCUGGGCUUCAGCCACUGACCAGUCGCAGACACCGUCCAUGUCUGCUGCCCAACGCAGGUCACAAGCUCCGCUACAGUCUGCUGACCCACAGAGGUCAGAAGUUCCGCCAACAUAUACCCCGCCUAGUUUGGAAGCUCUGUCCAAACCAACGACACAAGAUGAAGGUCAGACAGAGGUCAAGGUUCCAGUUACAGCCAAUCAAGAAGACACAAAUGAAGUGUACGAGUCUGAUGGUGACUACCCUGAUGACCAUAUACUGAAGAUGCUUCGGCAGCAGAGAGCGGAGUACGAGAUCAAACUCAGUCAAAUAGAUGACCUCCUUCAGCAAUCUUCAUUUGCCCAGAGGUGAAAGAAGAGACGUGUUUUCCAUAAUCCGUCCAAGUAUAUAUUCCUCAUCCCAGAUGACAGAGUAGGCAUGGCCAGUCACAGCAGCAUGACUGUACACCAUCUUGUCAGUAUUAGCCUCACACUUGUAUGUAGACCUGUGAAUAAUAUGAUGUAUCUUGCCA